CUUGACGUAUUCGCGGUACAUUUAACUAGCGACAAAUACCAGCACGUGAACAUCAUGCAUAAGGGAAUAGGAACACAGUUAGAAGAGACCCACCAAAAUCACAGACACUGGCGUGUAUCUAGUUUUCAUCAUCUUACCUGCUUACUACGACAUCUUUGGAUUUCAUCUGACCUGAAGAUAUAUCAUUUGCAUUGGAACUGUUUGACUGGAGCCCAGAUCAAUUGGAGCCACCUAGCGGUCGCUGUCAGGUGCAGUUCUCAGGUGAUUUGGACCAACGUGCGCCGUGCCAUGGCGUCGGUGUGUGUGGCUGUCCGUGUUCGACCGUUGAACAAAAGAGAAAAGGAAAUGUCAGCGAAGGUGAUUAUCCACAUGGAGGGGAACACCACUUCUGUAGACUGCAACAAAAAGGACAUACACAAAGGCAUUCCUGGCAGUGGCCUGACGGACGGAGGAAGACAUUCAUUCUCCUAUGAUUUCUCCUACGAUUCUACUGAUGUCAGAAGCCCCAACUUUGUGCCUCAGGAGAAGGUGUUUAAAGACUUGGGCUGUGAUGUCCUGAAGGCAGCGUUUGAAGGUUACAAUGCCUGUGUGUUCGUCUAUGGACAAACCGGAUCAGGGAAGUCUUAUACCAUGAUAGGAAGCCCAGGAGAUCUAGGUCUGAUUCCACGGAUCUGUGAUGGACUGUUCUGUCACAUAUCAGAGAUGGACCAGGUGGGGGCCUCCUUCCGCACAGAGGUCAGCUACCUGGAGAUUUAUAAUGAGCGUGUGCAGGACCUUCUCACGACUAAGACGGGCCCAGGGAGCGAGUCAGGACUCCACCUCAGAGAACACCCCAAGGAUGGGCCCUAUGUGGAGAACCUGUCGACACGCCUGGUUCAGAACUACACUCAUAUUGAGGAGCUAAUGCAUGCUGGGAAUGCCAAACGCACCAAGGCGAACACAGGCAUGAAUGACGUUAGCAGCCGCUCUCACUCCAGCUUCACCAUCAUCUUCACACAGGUUCGGUUUGAUGCAGAGCUGCCGUGUGAGACGGUGAGUAAGAUCCACCUGGUAGACUUGGCAGGCAGUGAGAGGACCGGUGCCAGACUGAAGGAAGGAGCCAACAUCAACAAGUCCCUGGUCACUCUGGGUAGUGUCAUCUCUGCUCUGGCUGAUACAUGUGUGACUGGAGGAGGGAGCUCCCACACAGGCAAGAUGAAGAAGAAGCAGCUGUUUAUCCCCUACAGAGACUCUCUUCUGACCUGGCUCCUGAAAAAUAGCCUGGGGGGAAACUCCAAGACAAUCAUGAUAGCAACCCUUUCUCCCGCUGACGUGCACUACGGUGAGACACUGAGCACGUUGCGCUACGCUAACCGAGCUAAGAACAUCGUCACCAAGCCCACAGUCAACGAGGACAGCGGCGUUAGAGUCAUCAGAGAACUGCAGGAGGAGAUCGGUAGACUGAGAGGACUGAUGGAGGAUAACCACCAGGCUCCCCUUUCUCCUCAGGUUCUCUCCAACACUCUGAAGUUGGAGGAGGAACUCCACAACAAUGAGGCCCUAGUGUUAGACCUGACCACCCCCUCUAUCCUCUCCAGCGGUGUUAGACCUGACCACCCGCCUCUCCAACCAGGUGUGUUAGACCUGGACCCUCCUUCUAUCCUCUCCCAUAUAGACCUGACCACCCCCUCUAUCCUCUCCAGCAGGUGUUUAGACCUGACCACCCCCUCUGUCCUUCUCCAACAGGUGUUAGACCUGACACCCCUCUGUCCUCUCCAACAGGUGUUAGACCUGACCACCCCUCUGUUCCUCUCACAUCAUCUACAGGUGUUAGACCUGACCACCCCCUCUGUCCUCCCAACAUUGGAGCUGACCAAGGAAGUGGACCAGCAAGUGUGGGAGACCCAGAACAUCCUCAACGUUGAGAACCACUUGACUACCAGUAUGCUGGUGUCUUCUGUGAGGAUCUAUUGUCUCCCCCAGGUGGAGAACCACCCUGACCACAGUCGGGGAGAGACUGUAGCUCUGAGGAACGAGGGUAUCCGUGUUGUGUUGGACUCAGAACUACCUCAUCUAAUCGGCAUCGACGAUGAUCUUCUCAGCACCGGCGUUAUUCUCUAUCAUUUAAAAGAAGGCAGGACGCUGGUGGGUCGACACGAGGCGCCGUCCAAUCAGGAUAUCGUGAUCCAUGGCGCUGGUCUGCAGGAAGAACACUGUGUGUUUGAGAACUGUGAUGGAGUUGUGAAGCUGAUCCCCCAGACGGGGGCGCUGUGCUCUGUUAACGGACUGGAGAUGACCCGGCCCUGCCAGCUCACACAGGGUGCUGUCAUCCAGCUCGGGAGAGGGACUAUGUUCCGUUUCAUCCAUCCUAAAGAGACUGCCCAGCUCAGAGAGCAACGCAAGAGUGGACUUCUCUCCAGCCUGUCCGUGACGGACCUCUCCGAGCCUACAGAGAACCUGUCCGUGACGGACCUCUCCGAGCCUACAGAGAACCUGUCCGUGACGGACCUCUCCGAGCCUACAGAGAACCUGUCCGUGACGGACCUCUCCGAGCCUACAGAGAACCUGUCCGAGGCAAUGCUUUUCCAUCCCAGGAUGGAUAUGCUAGCUGUAGCAGGACUGAAUGGAGACACUGGACAACAGAGGAGCUCUGUGCUCUCUUCUCCACUACAGACCUGGACGGUAAUGAGAGGAGACGAAGGAGGAGACGACAGCGGAACAGAGGAAGGAACGCACCACGCACACUUCCCACUGGCCAGCAGCAGCUCAACAUACACACAGACCUCUCGGUUUGACAAACACACUGCCUCUCUGUCCCAGCUCAACACACAGACCCACAACCAGACCGAACACGCAGCCUCCCGGCUGGACAGACACAGACGCAGCCAGGCGGUACGCGGCCUACCGCUAGCAGCAUUGGAGGGCCAGUUCAGUCGUUGCAUGAUGAAUCCAUCCAAGACCACGGUGGAGGGCUWCGGAGACAAUUACAAGGAGGAGACCCAGGCUGGGGCUAGGAGGGAGGAGGAGGUUGAGCAGGGCUUGKGGUUGGGUUCUCUGCUUAGCAGGGUGUCUAGCGGUGAUGAGACGCAGGAUGAGAGCCAGAUCUCUGCUUCCGGGCUGGGUGCUCUGGUUAGAAGGGUAUCCCAGAUCUCUGGACUUGGGGGGGAGCAUGAGCUAGACUCUCUGGGGGAAGAGCGCUCUAUCUCUGGGAUGGGUUCUGUGGUCAGCAGUGGGGUCUCCUGGAUGUUCCCGGACAUGUGGCGGCUCCUCCACUGCUCCCCCUCGAGAGUCCUGCAGCAGUUCUGGGACAGUACAGGAGUUGUGCAGCCUAGAGAUGUGGGAGGAGCCUGCUCCAGUUGGCCCAGUCAGGUUGUCUCAAUGGUGAGGGAGAGUCUGGUGCUGUCAGUGGUCAAAGACAGCCAGGUCUUCUCAUUGGUCAGAGAGAGUCACAUGUUCUCCUAUGUUAAAGACCGUCAGAUGUUCUCUAUAGUCAGUGAGCUGCCAUUGGUGCAACACAUAAGCACCGAGCUUAACUCAUGACUUCAGGAGCAUUCCCAUUGAGCUAACUCAUGACUUCAGGAGCAUUCCCAUUGAGCUCACUCGUGACUU